GUGGCUUCCCCCAGACCCUGCACAAAUAAUGUGAGGUUUCUCAGUGAGGCUUUAAUCUCUCUCUCCCUCUAUCUCUCUGUCUCUUUCUUUCUCAGUUUCCACUCCUCUGCGCUCUCCCUUCACAGAGGUGUUGCUGCUGAAAGAACUUGAUAGUGCCCUCUCUCUCCCAUCUCUCUCUCUCACUCUCUCCUGCACUCUCUCUUUCUUGCACGCUCUCUCUCGCAGAGAUGUAGCCCUCUUUCUCAAACUUCCACACCUCUGUGCCUAUGAAGCGCCGAAGCCCCGUGUAACCUUUCUGCCCCGUUUCUCCCCCUCUCGCUCCAUGGAUCGCCUCGCUCCUCCUCUCUGACCUCCUGAGCUCUUUCCCGCCGGGGCUUUCCGCUGCAGUCUUCCGUCCCUCGCUUCUUCAAACCCCUCCCGUGCUGGGACCGUCAGCCCGGACCAUGGCCAUGAAGGAGACGGUGCUGCCCAUCAGCGAGGUGUCCAGCCCCUUCCCAGAGGUGAUCGAGCUGAACGUCGGCGGGCAGGUAUACGUGACCAAGCGCACCACCCUGCUCAGCGUGCCCGACACCACGCUACACUCCAUGUUCACGCGGAGGGCGCCACGCGAGCUGCCCCGUGACAGCCGCGGACGCUUCUUCAUCGACCGCGAUGGCUUCCUCUUCCGCUACGUGCUGGACUUCCUGCGUGACCGGCAGCUGGUGCUGCCCGAGCACUUCCCUGAGCGUGAGCGGCUACAGCGCGAGGCCGAGCACUUCCAGCUGGCCGAGCUGUUACGGCUGCUGGGCCCACGAGUCUCCAAGCAGGGUUCGCUCAACGACGAGGGCUGCCAGAGCGACAUUGAGGAGAGCUCGCAGGGCAGCGAGUUGGUGUGGCGUGCAGGGGGGGCUGUCACCACUUCCACCGACAAGCGGUCAGGGUUCAUCACUAUCGGCUACCGGGGCUCCUACACAAUGGUUCGGGACAACCAGGCAGACGCCAAGUUCCGGCGCGUGGCCCGGAUCAUGGUGUGUGGCCGCAUUGCCCUGGCCAAGGAGGUGUUCGGCGAGACGCUGAAUGAGAGCCGUGACCCAGACAGGCCUCCAGAGAAGUACACGUCGCGCUUCUAUUUAAAAUUCACCUACCUGGAGCAGGCCUUCGACAGGCUGAAUGAAGCCGGUUUCCAAAUGGUGGCUUGCAACUCCACAGGAACGGCUGCAUUCAUUAACCAAUACAGAGACGAUAAGAUCUGGAGCAGCUACACAGAGUACAUCUUCUUCAGGCCCACUUGCAGAACAGUGUCUCCCAGGGCAGAGUGUGAGGAACCCAAGUCUGAGAAGCUGGCAGACAAGGGCAGUGAAAGUGGUGCUUCCCUGAAUGAGCUGUCCACCUCCAGCUCUGAGACCCACUCUGAAGCCACCUCCCCACAGGACAGAGGCCCCAUCCUGGCACCACGAGGAGAGGUGGUCGGCGGAUCCCUGGCUCCAUGUGGAGGCCUGCACUCCGUCUCUCGUCCCCCCAGUACCCUCACCCUGGGCAGGCCACCCAAGAAGGGCUCCUCAGUGCAGUGGAUGGAGCUCCCAGAUAAGAGGCGCAACAGCGAGCUCUUCCAAUCCCUGACCAGUGGAGUGGGUUCAAGGGAGGGGGGUGUGGGUGGAUUGACACGAAGGAAGACUCUGGAGAGGCCCAGCGCUGAAGAGGAGAUGAAGCAGUGCAUACGGGAUUUUCGCAAGAUCAAGAUUCCACAGGCAUUUCCAGAACGGAAGCGGCAGUGGCAGUCAGAUUUGCUUCAGAAAUAUGGGCUCUAAAGAAUCACUAAAUCAAGAUCUUUGUUGUCUGCAUUUCUCUUCACUAAAUGUUCACAUGCAUAGAUGACAGUUGAGCCAUAGCUGUCUACUGUACUAUUGUUUUAGUGCUGAAUGAAGAGGUGAUCAAAUCAAACUUGCUUAGCAGAGUACUAACCUAUGAAUGUGCAAAAUUUAGGGGUCUCCUUUCACUUCAAGCUGUUGAGACUAUUCUUGGUGAAACAGUCAAAAAGAAGACUGAAUUGGAAUUCUCUUGUUAUGUUGCCUUGUAUAUGGAAUGUUAUGGUGUCAGUACAGGGUUUGAGUCAUGUAUGGUCCCAUUGUGCAAAUGUAAACAUUUUAUACCUCACACUGAUUCAUGUAUUUUUACUUUGAACAUGAAGCCAGCACUGGAUAAAGGAAUUUUUAAGUUAAUUCUAUUUGCCUCAAAUGCACAAUGUGCACGUUAAACACUGCAGUGGCAAAAUCUAAUAUCACUUCCUAUCUAAUGUUUUAAGGUUCAAGAUAUAUCAAAAAAGCACAAAGUUUAUUGGUUCAUUACAUUUCCUCACCACCUCCUAAAAGAAGUUUAAAAGUUUAUAUCCGCUGCAAUGCCAUGAGCGGAUGUGUAUUUUACUAUUAGCUGAUACGUAAAAAGACUGUCCAGAGUCAGCUAAGCCCAUAGAGCUAGGACUGUUUCAUUAUUUAUGUGGAUUCAGUUGGUAAAUGAUUGCUUGUGCAUACAAACUUUGUAUAUGUUUUGUGUAUAGUUCAUUACACUCACUUAAAGGUACAUUCCAGCAUUUUUCUCAAAAGACUUUUUGCAUAUUUUUCUUGGUGUUUUAAAAGCCUUUCUGAAAGGCAUCCUUCAAAAAAAAUGUUUUAAAUAUACCCUCAUAAGGUUCCACAGAGCAUAGAAUGAGACAAAGAAAAUCACUAUUUCUAAUAUACCAUUAAUGCAAUGGUAUAUUAGAAAAAGAACAGAAUGGAGCACUUGAACUUGUGCGUAAACAAACCUGAAAAGCUAUGCAUUUAGCUACAGCCAGAAUAGUAGUUUUAAAAUUUAAAUUUAAGAAUUAUUUUUAUUUAUUUAUUUGAUUUUUUAGUUGAAUGAAGUACUGAUACAUAAUUCACAUACUGAUACGUAAUUCACACAAUAAUCCAGGACUGUUUUUAUGUAUACACUUGUACAAGACAAUAUGGAACCUGAAAGUGGGUGCAGUUAUAUUCCCUUUAGAGAAGUAUAUUUUAUUUAAUUAUAUAAUGGCAUCUUAAUUAAAUUGGAAGUACAUAUUUCAAAUUGACCAAAAUCAUUUAAGUAUUGUGAAAUGUGAAGAAAGUAUGGUUUUAAGAAAAAUGCUGUAAUAUUCCUUUAAGAUAUAGGGCUUUGUAAGUUUUCAUAGAUGCUGGAGCCCUUUGUCUAUGGCUUAGCAUCUAAGGUUUGUCAGUAUGUUUAAAGUAAAACCUACAGUAAAAGCUGGAUUGAGAUACUGAAUUGUCUUAUUCCAGGUCACAGGUUUUAGAAGCACAAGGACAGAGCUGUCUCUGUGAUACAGUAGUAACAAUUGCAGUAUUACAGUGACUCUCCAACAAAAGCUAGCGUUAGAUUGUUGUGCGAUGUGAAAUAAGACAAAUGAUGCUUUGGUUUUAUCAGUUGACCUCUUUUCAUUUGCCUCAGUGUUCUUUAAUAAAACAUGA